AUGGCGGAAGAAUUCAAUUUCAAGCUUGAUAUCGGGCUCUCUUUGCGAACCUUCCUCCAUUCUCAGUUCUUCCGGACACCGCCUUAUCCGACACAGACUUUCUCCGGCCAGGUCGUCAUCGUCACCGGCUCCAACGUUGGGCUAGGAUUCGAGGCUGCCCGACAUUUCUACCGCCUCAACUGUGCGAAAUUGAUUCUGGCCGUGCGCACCAUCUCCAAAGGUCAGACUGCAAAGGAGGAAAUCGUUCGGAGUGUCAAACACCGCUCCGAUGGGGCAGAAGCUAUCGAGGUCUGGCCUUUGGACCUUACCAGCACAGAAAGUACCCUGGCGUUCGCAGAUCGUGUCAAGAAAGAGUUGCCCCGUGUCGAUGCUGUCGUGGAGAAUGCCGGUAUCAACAACAUGAGCUGGGCAGUUUCCGAAGGAUUCGAGCAGACCAUCCAAGUUAAUGUUGUCAACACUCUCCUGCUCGGUCUGUCCGUGCUACCCAAAUUGAGGGAAACCAAACGCCAAUUCCCCGAGUCCAACCCUCACUUGGAGAUCGUCAAUUCCGAGGCUCAUCGCUUUUCGAGUUUCAAAGAAGUCAAUGCUCCGGAUAUCUACGCGACUCUGAACGACGAGAAGAGUGCCGACAUGCUGAGCAGGUAUCCGGUCAGUAAACUCAUCGGCGUGCUCUUUAUCCGCGAGCUGGUUUUGCGCCUCCAAGAGCGCGACAAAUCCAGCGCCGCGACAGAGCCGCCGGUCACUAUUACCCUGGUCAAUCCGGGCUUGUGUGUGUCUGAACUGGAUAGAAAUGUGUCACUCCCGGGCCGGAUCGCGAUGUACAUAAUGCGUAUGCUCCUGGCGAGAUCAACAGAGGUGGGCUCUCGGACCCUGGUCUAUGGCGCAUGUGCCGGACCAGGCUCUCAUGGGCAGUUCAUGUCGGAUGGCAAGAACCAAGAUGUGGAGAGAUGGAUAUACUCAGACCUGGGCAAGAAAGCGCAGUCCAAGGUGUUUCAGCAGACGAUGAGAGUGCUGGAGGCUCGGAAGCCGGGUAUUGGUGCGGAAGUUGGCUUGUCGACCUGA